AUGCUCCUCUCACCCAUCUUCGGCCUUCUCGCCACUCUCGCGCUCCUCCCUUCCGCUCUAUGCGAAAUGACUGAGCGCCAGGCCGAAGCCCGACUUAUUGUCCGCAAAGAUCGUGGUACGCGGGGUGAGGGCGUCGAAUUCUACCAUGGCUUCCGGUACCGGGCGCAUCCCGGGAUUCGUUUUGCCCUCGACAAGGAGGGCUAUCCGAUGGAGCAAUCGUUCCAGAUCAAGUAUAAAAACGACAAAGGAGAGGCCCAGAGUGCGGAGUGUCACUAUGACGGCAAGAUGGAUGAGGAUGGAUCUUUGGCCGUCUUCGUCAUCGGCAACGGUGACAGCUACAUGAGCCCUUGCUGGCACAACCACGGCGUCCAGAUGAUGUGCGAUCCGGCACCCUCCUGUCAGCCCAACGGCGUGACGGACUUCUCGCCCAGUUUCUAA